CACCAUCCAUCCCUUGUAAGUACAUGAUUUUGGUGCAGUCUGAGAAAGUGCCGGAGUGCAUUGUGUUUCAGAGGGAUUCUCCAGAAAGUCCUCCACAAGGUGAAGCAACAAUGGGAAAUGAUGAGAGCCAUGACGAGCAGACGGAAUCAGCAUCGGCUCUAUCUUUAAUAGCAGAAGUCUCGGAAUCAUCCAAAGAAUCAGUUGAAGUCAAAUCGGAAUUGGCUGAAUUAAUUGAGAAGUUUAAGGGAUUCAUGAACCGUUUAGUUUCACCUCAACAGAAAUUCAAAGACUCUUCAGAAACAUUUCUUUCAACUUCUGAACCCGUUGAAACUACUACCUCUAGUUUGGUGCCGCCACAGAUUUCUAGGUUAGAGGAAUCACAUGAACAAGCAACAACUAAGUCUGGACUGACGUCUGAGUCAGUAGAAGUGGCCACCGAUCUUACAUGCCCCCCUGUUUCAACAUCACAUGGGUCAGUUUCUCCUGUAGCUGCAACUAAAAUAAACCCAAUUCAAGCCAAACUCAAGAUGGCAUGUCCUUCCGUGCCAACUCAUGCAAAUGAGAAAUCAACUACGACAUACUCCACUUAUACAUCACCUGAAACAAUGCCAACAGCCAAUGUGUUGCCAAAUGAGACAAGAGUAUCUAUUGAACCGGUCAAAACGACUGCUGCUUGUUCCACAAACCUGCCAGUUUCAACCCCAAAGGUUUCCGCUCCAGUUGAUUUGAUUGCACAACCUGUCUAUUCCUCUCACGCAUUUAAAGAAACCAUGCCAGCAACACCUUGUGACUGCAUUCAAUCCCAGAUUCAUGAAGGCAAACCAUCAUUUCAAGUCCAAUGCAAUCAUCAUGCAGCUUCAUGUACAUAUAGACUGUCACGGCAAUCACACCUCAGUAUUUGCCCCCAUCAAGCCAUCAGACCAGCUACCUGUGACUGUAAUUGGCGGAUUUGCCAUAUCAUACCCCCUGAUACUGCUAUGACCUGCUCUGAACAUAUGCUGAUCCCGGACCACCCAAGAAUUCCCAUGUACCAAGACUUGAGCGCUCGCAGUAGUGUCCAUGGUAUCCAACCAGAAGUGGUCUGUAAUUGCCCAUACAGGCGCCCUAUAAGCAGCUCGAGCAUGAGAGUUCAAACAGCUCCAGCCUUAAUGUCCUCAAGCCACCGUUAUGCAAAGCUUCCUCGCUAUAUUUACUUCAAGAGCAUUCCUCAUGACAUACACAAUACGCAAGCUAUGGAUUCCCAAUGCUGUAUGUUUCCUGCCACCCCCUCUAAUGAGGGUCAUCAUCAGCAUAUAGCUACAGGGAUCAAUGCUCAACAGCCAUGUUGCAAACGACACUGCCAAGAGCAUUAUGAUUCAUAAUGUGGCUGAUAACAUGGUGGUUUUUGACUGGACACCAUGGUUGGAUUAUGAUAUUGUGCUGUCAUUCAAAU